UUAGUAAACCCCGUCCCUAAACAAGUGUCACUGAUCACUGCGACUGUUAUCUUAUUCUUAUCGCAACGUAUGACAUCCAUUCCCAUCGUAAACCAGUUUUAAUUAGAUCCAGAUCUGGUCUUUAUAUUAAAGAAUUAAAGCUAUUUAAUAAUCAUUGCUUCAGAAUCUGUUAGAAACCAUGGCUGCAAAUAUUGCCACAGAAAUGCUUUUAAAUCAGGUUACUGAUUACAUUAUGAAUGUUAGCAUGUAUCCUGUGUUUUUCUCAGCACAUUUUAUUCUUGGAUGUCUGAUUGUUCGAGAAGACUCCAAGGAUUUAGGUUCUAAAUUCAGACAGAAUCAUCCAUUUGCUAUGUGGUUUUGUUCUGUCAUUGCUGGACUAUCUGGUGUAUUUGUAGCCAACUUUCUUUUUGGAAAUCCUUUGGUUGACAUCUUGAAAGAGCAUCAUUUGAUAUUGUUAGUAUCACUCUUAUGGUAUCUCAUCAACUAUAGCCCUUAUGAUGUAGUGUACAAGAUUGUGAUGUUCAAGCCUGUCAAAGUCAUAGCUGCAGUACUGCAAGAAUUUUUAAGAGUGAGGUUUAUUUACUUGGGAUUUCAUCAAGCUGCUAAGGUUUAUCCUGGUGCAUACAUAAUUAUGUUGCUAGGUGGAGCAAUUAAAGGAAAUGGAUAUGGGUUUAUUAGAAUAGUUGAACGUCUUAUUAGAGGAAAAUGGACACCCACCACAAAUGAGAUCCUGGAUGUUAGCUAUUUUGCCAAGUCUGGAAUGUAUGCCAGCUUUACCUUUUUGCUGCACCACCUGCAAGUGAUUCCUCUCCAAAUACAAUAUCUCUACUGUAGCAUUGUGGCAAUUUUUGUCUGUCUUAGAUUAGUAAUUUUAUUUCGAGGGGUUACAGACCCCUUGUUAUCAAUAGAAAAACCGGUGUGUGCCUUUCUCUUUGGUAGUGACACAGGUAAUAAAUUGAAUGUUGCAACUCCAGAGAUGAAAGAUAAAAAGAUUAAAUAAAAUACUUAAUAGUUUAUAUUAUUAUAAUUAUAUAAAUCUCUACAAUGUUAUAAUAAAUACUUCUUACUCAGUACUUAAUCUUUCAAUGGUGUACACUGAACAUUAAUCUAGUCAGGAAACUAGCAUUACAAAAAUGUUAAUUUAAAAAAAAUAAUAAAGACUUGUAAAGCUAUAAUUUUGUAAUUUCCAAUAUAAUGUAACAAGGAAAAUCAUUUGUUAAGGAUUACAAAAAUGUUUACCUUUGUCCACUUAAUGAUAGUAAUUAAAUACUUUUGAAGCUACGAUUUGCUAGAAAACUGUAAUUUAAGAAUCAUUCUUUGUAAACUAAAUAACAUUUGAAUUCACUUGUAUUUUAUUAAGAUUUGCUCAAGAGGUAUUAGAAAUGUACAGAACACAUAACCUAACAAUUAUUUCUAAUUGUGCACGUCUCUUCAUAAUCAUAGAGUAUGUGAAAAAGAAAUAUCCAUACUGAUUGAUUUUACUGACUGCAGUGUGUAAUUGAUAGGGGACUGAAUGAGUAUCAGUUAUUACUUGAUUGAUGUAAAAACCACAUUUGAAAAAUGUUGAUUGAUAAUUUAGUCAUUCCUCCCAAGUAAUUUGAUAAAUAUUAUUUCUUCAUUUAAUUUUAAAGGAUUGACCAAUUUAUUCAUUUUUGUGAUGACGCAUUUUAUACAUUUGUGUAUACAAUCACUAAGAAAUCAUCAUAAUUAAUAAUUUUGGUACUAAAGUAUUAUGUAUUGAACAUAUCAUAUUUAGUUACCUCUGGUAAUGAACUUAAAACAUCUGUAAUGCUGUAAAAUGUUACUUGUAUUAUUAUAAUUAUGAAUACAAACUUCAGUUUACUUGCCCAACAGCAUGUCUAAGAAAUUCUUAAACAUUAUUUUAUAUUUCUAAAAAGCUUCCAUUUUACAAAUUCUGCCAGUUUUGGGUAAAUUUUUAAUGUUGCCAUAUUUAUUUAAAUGCAUAUAUCAUAUGCCUAUUUUUUAAAACAUGUUGACAGCAAGUUUAAUAAAUUUUAAUAUCACACUCCA